AUUAGAAGCCGCUAAUUUUACCAGGCUAGAAGUGAAUAUUUUGAUGCUAGUAGCCGUGUAGGGUACGCCCAGGGCUGCCGAGAAAGAAAUAUGACUCUCUUAUGGAUUAGAUGCGCGUUUUAUUUUUGCUACCUAACUGCGGCCAUCGGAACCAUUGACGACGGGAAAUACUCCAGUCCCUAUGAAGCCUUCAGCUAUGAAGAUGCCAACAUGAUUCUCAAAUACAAUGGCACAAUGCGGCUUUUUAGGACUUCACGUACUUGGACGCCGCUAAUAGCGAUGUGCUUGAAAUCAAGAUAUAUUUCGAAAAAUGGGUCCAGCUAUUUACGAACUGCUGAUUAUUACGCAGUGACGAAAGUGAAUCGAAAACCGACCAUCAAGCACUUCAACUUAACGCUGCAAGUUACUCCAAGAUUGCCGGGGAACAGUCAAGGAUUUAUUACUGUGAAAGGAAUUGAGCAAAAGCCUGAUUUACCAUCUGCUCUCGGAAGCCUUCUUCUGAAUAAGGAGCGGACGUAUCCAGUUCUUUUCGCUGAUCCCAGAUGUUUAAUCAUCGGAUAUUACAGUGCCCUUGGGAGGUCCUUCUGCAUGCUCUUCGUGACUGAUGAAGCUCUUCGUAAUCCAUUGCGCCACUGCAACUUUAUGCUGCUCUCCAUGUGCGGAACUCCAGCCUAUAAUGCCUAUACGUAUGAGCACCAUGUGUAUGCAUUCUGUAAUGCCUCCGAUGGUCACAGAACACAAAAUAUUGUAUGAGCGAAGCCACUUGAAGUACGUCUUUUCAAAGGAGAUCUCCUGUGUACAUAAAAGGAUAAAUGCGCGCUCUUUUCUCUCUGGUUCUCUGAAGUGAAGAGAGGCAGGCUGUCGUAAGCCACGCUAAGGAUCAUGUCGGAACACUCUAUGUAUGCAGCAACUAACGAGUAAUAAUCAACUAUUCUCACAGAUAAGCGUCUCGACAUUAUGGUACUUAAAAUGAAAUUGCUAAGUGCUAACACUGUGCUUCAAAAUCCGAACAAAACACGAAAUGUGCUC